AUGACACAAGUCCGUGGAGUGCGUGAAGUUCAGGGCAGUGUAGUAUAUGCAAGCCAGCAAGCGUGGAUCCAGAACCAGACAGUACGCAACAACAUCCUUUUUGGUGAGCCAUACGAUAAGGAUCACUAUCGAACUCGUGCUAUGUAUCGAGCUCGUAGAUUCGAUUUCGUGGUGUUGGAUCCGCUGAGUGCGCUCGACGUACAUGUGGCGAAUCGAGUUUUUCUCGAUGGCAUUGAUGGCAUUGCGCAGGAUAAAACUCGUGUUUUAGUGUUAAACUCACACUACCACUUGUUGCGCUUUGCGCACAGGAUAUUGGUCAUGUCCGACGGAAAGAUUGUGGGCGACGGCUCUUUGGCGGAACUCGAACGGGACCUCUCGUUCCUACUGACACCACCAACGAACAAAGCAAGUGAUGUAUCGUCACGAAAGCUGGUCACUCAAGAAGAGAGGCGAAUAGGUUCCGUUCGCAUCCAGACGUACCUCGACUAUCUGUCUGCUUCCGAAUGGGAUGGACGAGUGCUUUGCGGGGCCAUUGUUGCUCUCUUUACUGUUGCCCAAGCUGCCCUGUUUUUCUGCGAUUGGUUUCUGAGUCAAUGGUCUCGAGGCUCUGUAAACUUAUCGCAAAUGAGCUCAUUGGGCGUUUACGCGGGGAUAGUUGUGAUUGCGUCUUUGCUUGUCUUCGCACGAUGCCUCUUCUUCAUCCGGACUUUCAUGACGUGCUCGAUUAAGAUUCACCUCAAGUAUCUUCGCAAAGUGCUGGCUGCGCCGAUCCCAACGUUCUUCGACGUGACUCCCAUUGGACGAAUUCUGAAUCGAUUCUCAAGAGAUCUGGACGAGGUUGACAACCCGUUGCCGUACUGGGGGAUGUGGCUCCUGCUGUGUGUUUUCCAAGUGGCGUCCUUCAUCGUCUGCGCCGCUUUAAAUCCAUUUGUACUACUCGUGUAUCUUCCCGUGGGCUAUGGUUGUUGGUUUGCCGCGAAGGUCUACUUAUCUUCAGCUCUUGAGCUAAAGAGGCUUGACAGUGUGACGCGAUCUCCUUUUCUCAACUUGGUGUCCGAGACGAUUGCAGGGCUGGACACAGAUCGAUCUUACAACAUGACUGGUGCUUUCGCAAAGCGAUGCGAAGAACUUCUCGACAACAACAUCAAGUUCAACUUUAUAACGCAGGUGGCAUCCCGAUGGUUUGAUAUGCGGACAGAUUGGUUUGUAUCUGCCAUUUUAUGCUCCCUGUCGUCCAGCUUCCAGAGGAUGACGACGCUUUCGACUCGUGUGGAGAGCAUCAUGACGUGCUUUGAGCGUAUUGCGCACUACGGCUCACUUGACGAGGAGGGAGACGAGUGCGCUCCUACAAGCAAAGACGCCCUUUCUCCAGAGUGGCCUCGCUGCGGCAGUAUCGUCUUUGAAAAUGUCACACUACAGUACCGAAGAGACCUACCGAUCGUACUCAAGAGCGUGUCCUUUUCCGUUAAAAGCGGCGAAAAGAUUGGAAUAUGCGGUCGAACGGGGUCCGGAAAGAGCUCACUGAUGAGUGUACUCUUUCGCGUCGUGGAGUUCCCGAACAGCGGUCGAGUUCUCAUUGACAUUGUGGAUAUCUCAACUAUUACACUGAGUCAACUACGCUCGAAAUUGACAAUUAUUCCGCAAGAUCCUAUGCUGUUCAGUGGCUCGCUGCGUUUGAAUUUGAGCCCACAUGCGGACAAAAGUGACACGGAGUUGUGGGAAGCGCUGCGUAAGGUGCAUUUGCAUGGCACAGUGUCGACGUGGGGCAAAGGACUUGACUUUGAGGUGGCCGAGAAGGGCGACAACCUCAAGGUGAUCGUGAUGGACGAGGCCACUGCCAAUGUGGACCAGGAAUCGGACAAGUUGAUCCAACAAACAAUGAGAGAAAGAUUUGGAGGCGGUGGCCAGACAGUGCUCUGUAUUGCACACCGUAUCGACACAAUUAUGGACAGUGACAAGAUUGUGGUCUUGGAUGCAGGUGAAGUUGUGGAGUUCGACACUCCGAGUGCACUAUUGCAGAUAAGUAAUGGACACUUCAGAUCGCUUGUUGGUUCUACCAAGGCCCCUAUCAUCGAGUAG